CUUGUGAACCAAGAUGAAAAAAUUAGUAAUUUAAGGCUAUGUAAUGAAACUCACACUUCACCAACCAAAUUUGUAGCCAAAUUUUCUUAUAAAGACCCCUUCCGUUACAAAAGCAAAUAUUUUAUAAAUCACAACCAAUCUAAGUUAUAUAACUAUAUUUAUUUAUUUUCUAUAAUGUCUUUAUUUCUUUGUUAAAUUUUAUACAUUUUGUAAUAUUAUUGAGUCAAAAAAAAAAAAAAGUAACAAAAAAAUGUCACGAGGAAAUGUAAGGAAAAAUGUUCUAGAGAAGAGUAGCAAAAUAGGGUGGUUUAAGGCAAAAGAGAAUCCAAACCAAAAUAACAAUAGUUUCUUCAAAAACUUCAAGAAGGUCUAUCCACUUGGGAUCCAUAGGAGCAACUCUUCACUAUCGGUGUCGUCGAUCUCAUUAUCAUUGUCUCAAACCUCAACGGAUUCUUCCCUUACGGAUUACUCAUGUCCUUUGGAUCAAAAGAUUUUGUUAUCACUCGAAUCACUUCGAAAGGUUACGGCAACCUCUCCUGAAAAGAAAGACGUUCCAGUGGUGGCUAGUGCUAAGGUUGAACAAUUGUCUAGUCCUAAGAAGCCUUGUGAUGAUAAUGGUGAGGUCAAGAGAUGCCAUUGGAUAACCAAAAAUAGUGAUAACGCGUAUGUAACCUUCCAUGACGAACAAUGGGGAGUACCGGUAUAUGAUGACAAUCAAUUGUUUGAGCUGCUCUCCAUGUCUGGUAUGUUGAUGGAUCACAAUUGGACUGACAUUCUGAAAAAAAGAGGCCAACUGAGAGAAUCAUUUGGAGGAUUUGAUAUCAACUUCGUUGCUAACAUGGAGGAGAGCGAGAUCAUAGAGAUAUCGUCGAACAAGGAGCUGGGAUUACCUGAGUGCAGAGCAAGGUGCAUUGUGGAGAAUGCCAAAGGAAUAAUGAAGGUAAUGAAGGAGUAUGGAUCAUUUUGCAGCUAUAUAUGGGGAUAUUUCAACUAUAGACCAAUAAUUAACAAGUACAGAUAUCCAAGGAAUGUGCCAUUAAGGACUCCAAAAGCUGAAGUCAUAAGCAAGGAUCUUGUACGUCGAGGGUUCCGGCUAGUCGGACCGGUCAUCACUCAGUCGUUCAUCCAAGCAGCUGGGAUGACCAUCGAUCAUUUGAUUGAUUGUUUUAGGUAUAAUGAAUGUGUUAGCCUUGCUGAAAAUCCUUGGAGGCAUGUUUAAGUUGUAUCUGUAUAUAUAUGUAUUUAAUUUUUUAAAGAGAGGGAUUUUUAUUUAACUAUGUAAGUUUUAUUGUAAUUUUAUAUACAUGCACAAAUUUUCGAGAGCAAAGAGAUUAAGAUAUUUCUGUUACAUGGAAAAAUGGGAGGACUGUGUGUUUUUUGUAAACCUCCAAAUACUAAUUCAAUCUUCUUUUUAUUAUAUAAACAUUUCAUAUAUUUCUCUAA